AUGUUGUCAGUCUUUCCCCUGAUGUUAGGUUUCAUCGAAGGGGCGUUGAUAUUGAACGUGUUUGACGUCAUACGUGUUUGGGUGUCAUGCUUGAUAAUGAUCUCUGUUUUGGCAAGCGUGUGGACAUAAUAUCUGGUUGAGUUUGGAUAAUCUAUGUUACGCAUCCAACUCUGUACCAAUCCUCUUGCAACUCUUUUUUUCUUAUAUCGUAUUAUAUUGUAUUAAUUACGAAAUACAUUUUUUACACCUCUCACCGGCUGUUGAUUUGCUGAAUAGGAGAAGAAGAUUGCGAAAUACUAAGAAAUAAUAAAAUAAAUAAAUAAUGACAAUUACAUACCAAAACUAACUCUAACUUUAUUAAGGCUCAAAUAAAGAACUUGGUGUUCACAUUGGACUUUUUUUACACAUCACGGCGGAUUGUCGGUUGUUUAAUAGAAGAAAAAGAUAUUAUUGUAUACGAAUGGUUCUACGUGCAAAUAAGUCAUGAAAAUUGUUAAAAAUUUACGGAGUUUGCAAAAUUAUUGAAAGAAGGAUUAUAACAUAAAGAAAAGAAAAACAAAGAGAACUUCUAUGAAGUCGUUCUAGCCGAUCAGAGGGCUGCUGGAGUAAAUAAGGAGAAAAUAAACAAACCUAAAAAUAUUUAUAUCCAACGUUAAAUAAUAUAAAGGGAAAAAUAGAAAUUAUAAUGAGUUUACCGGCCGCUUUAUUACAGCGUUUACGUCAACGUGGAUUAGUGUCAAAGCUAAAAUAUCAAACUCAAAUUGAAAAAAGUGAACCUGCAGCAUCGCAACCGUCGGAAGAAGAGGUCAUUGCUGAAGAUUAUGAUGAAAUGGAAACUGAAAAUCCGCAUCAAAAAAAUAUAUCUGAAGAAUUUCAAUAUCCUUCGCAAUACGAUCUGGAUCACGAGACAGUGCGAAAGCGUUCAGAAGACAAUUAUUGGUUGACACAGAUGAAGGCACGUAUGGGGGAAGCAAGUUCGUCAUUAGGCUACAAAGGUUGCCCUAAUAAAUACAAUGUUUGGCACAAAUGUACCUUAUACUGCGUAAAUCGUUGGGCAGAAGGUGUCGUUAAACCCAGUGUUGAAUAUAUGAAACGUUACAAACGGUUGCUACGCAAAUAUCCUUUGCCACAUGGUUGGGUAGAAAUGUACGAUCCUGGUUGUGGUUGCUAUUUUUUCGCUUGCGAAGCCGAUAACGUAGUUUCCUGGCUACCACCUACACAUCCCAAAAGUCAGAUUACGAAAUGCGCUGCAACUGUAAGAAGACAAAUGGAAGAAUCUACGCGAGAUGAUGACAGUGAUGUUGAGGAGCAGAGUGAUGCCUGUGAUGAGAAAGAGCAACAUGAGUCUGCACAAGCAAGACAUCAUCGCGAAGUAGAAGAAAUUAUCAAUGCUUCUAUAAGAGCCAAAUCACCUCAGAACAACAAUUCUUUGGACAUUACAGACUUUCCCAGCUUGGAAGAAGCCUCUGAUUUCCCGACUGUGGCGCUGCCAAGAAAACAAAAAUCUCGAGAUUUGGACAAGGCUAUUUCAAAGCAAAGGAAGGAUCGCGAGCGUGAACGACAUUUUGUGCGACGGCAUAAUCGCGAGGAAACCGAUGUUGAUCCGAUGGAUCCUAGUGCUUAUUCGGAUACACCUCGAGGGAAAUGGUCCGAUGGGUUGCACGCAACUGAUGAGAGCCGUAAAAAGAAAGCCGAAGAAACCAAGCGCAGCAAAACCGAAAGGGAAAGUAAUCAGCCGGAUGACGAAUUCAAUUUUCGCUAAGAAGACACAUUUUACAUGCUCCUCGUUAUCAUUUGAUUAUAAAAAAUACGAAAUUAUUCUUCUAGUUUUCAUAUAUAUAC